AUGCUGGGAGUGCGAGCCAUUCCUCAGGCAUUGUUUAGAGGAGGCGUUGGGUUGUCUUACCGUAAACUACCUAGUGUUUGUGGAAGGGAACAGUAUCUGAAAUAUGCGCGAUGAAAUACAAGCGGUUGUACUUGAUAUUGAGGGUACUGUUAUAUCCGUGAACUUCGUCAAGGAUGUGCUGUUCCCAUUUGCACGGAAGAACAUGCGAACCUACCUGGAGUCCCGCUGGGAAGACCCCGAGCUAAAGGCGAUUGUCGCACAACUCCACACACAGGCGAUUCAGGAUGCGAAGGAUGAUGGCUCGGUGCCCCCCGUGGACAAUCCAGUCAAAGCACCCAGGGAGGCACUCAUUGCUCAGCUGGAGGCCAACUUGCUGUGGCAGAUGGAUGCUGACCGCAAGGCGCCACCGCUUAAGGCAUUGCAGGGUCUCAUCUGGAAGGAAGGCUAUGCCAGUGGUCAGCUGUGUGCAUCGCUCUAUCUAGAUGUGGUACCGAUGCUGGCUGCCUGGAAGUCACGCCACCUGAAACUCCUCAUCUACUCGUCGGGCAGCGUGCAGGCUCAGCAACUGCUGUUCAGCCACACCACUGAAGGCGACGUCACCAGACUCCUAGAUGGCUACUUUGACAUUAACACAGCCGGAGUGAAAACCGAUGCCAGGAGCUACGAGGUCAUCAGCCAGGCGAUCAAUACCAUUCCCAGCAAAAUCCUCUUCCUCACAGACAUAGUCGCAGACUCCUUGCCGCCAUUCCUGUUGCUGCAGUUUUUUCCACUGGUUAUGCAGACCGUGCACAUAUACACUCGAGGCUCAAGCUGCACGCAGUGCUGGCUUUCAAGUGCGGCUGGUGGUGCGUCCAGGCAACAAGCCCCUGAGUGAAGAUGAGAAAGCAUCCUUUAGCUUUAUCGGCUCCCUGGAACAAAUCGAGCUGUGAGACACGUGGGAGCAAUGCCUGUCCUGACUGUCUUUCCUUACAGCGCAGUACCUCGAAUAUAAUACGAGAAGGUGCGAAAUAAAAGCCUUACUUUCAACAUCUUGA